AUGGGGCAGCGGGCACUCAGGGGCUACAUCUGCCUGCUCUGUUGCUCUUUCCUGAGCACAGCCAGAGGUGGUCCGCAGGCACUUUCCUUCCAGCCGAGCACGCUGUACCAGUACCACUAUGCUCUGGCCAUGCAGCUGGGCCCUGUGCCCGGGCUGUCCCCAUCUGGGGGCUGGCUGCGGGCACAGGCUGUGGUCAGGGUGCACCAGCUCCACAAGGACCCCAACGGGGAUGAGCUGCUCCAGGUGCAGAUACAAGACCUGAAAGCCCAGCAGGAGCCUGAGGAUGCUGGAGCUUCUCCCAUGGACAUUGCACUGAGUCAGGAGGUGCAGGCAGAGCUCCAACAGCCGGUUUUCAUCUCCUGGAGCAGAGGGAAGGUCAAAGCCCUGUAUGGGGAUGAAGCGGAAAGUGCCCUGAUUGCCAACCUGAAGCGAGGUGUUGUCAGCCUGCUCCAGCUCCAGGCCCACGCUGGCACCACCGUGGAGGAAGAUGCCUCCGGGAGCUGCCAGGUCACAUAUGCCGUGUCCAGCGACUCCAUUGUAAAGAUGAAAGAUCUCCUCAGCUGCACAAAGCUGAAAAUGGGUUACACCUCCGUGAACAAAAUGUUUGGCAUCCAGUGGCAGCCCUCCAGCAGAAGCCUGUACGUGGUGAAGGACAGCGUGCUGCAGUCAGUGCUCGCAGAGGAGAGCCACAUGCUGUCCCUAGUCCUGAGGUCCACCACCAGCAUCAAAAUCAGCUCAAGGCAGGAGCUCAAGCUGGUGUCCUCAACACCUGGUCCAGCAGCAGCAGCUGAACAGAGCCUCGAGAACUUACUGGCUGGCAUGGAGGGACAGCACCAGCCCCUGGCCAUAGCCAGCCUGCCCUUCAGGAGGAGCUGCACCCACUGUCCUUCGCUGAGGGCCUACCUGAAGACCUUUGACAGCCGGCAAGCAAAAAUGGACGUCUCGAAGGCAGCAACUACGUGGCAGUUCCAGAGGUUCAUCCAGAUGCUGCGUGGUGCCAAGAAGAGAGAUGUGCUGCAGCUGCUGAAGAGAGCACCCGAGGAGAUGCUCCCCUUUGUGGUGGAGGCAGCGGUGGCCGCGCAGUCGGUGCCAAACUUGGCAGCUCUCUCAGACUUCCUGGAUUUCAGCAAGGAGCCCAGGUCCCUGCUGGAGACAUUCCUCUAUGCAGCAGCCUUCUCUCCCAGGCCUUCAAAAGAGCUGCUCCGCUUGGUGCUGGACAAGCUGGAUGGGAAGCAGAUGGCAUCCGAGGUCUGGGACACAGGGAUGGUGGCACUGGGCUCUCUGGUCAGCAAGCUGUGCCAGCAGCAGCUGUGUGGGCUGCAGGAGGUGGAGCAUGGUGUGGAAACCAUCCUCGCAGGGCUGAGAAGUGCUGAGAAGGAGCACGAGGCGGUCACCCACCUGCUGGCCCUGGGGAACGUGAGGCUCCCCAGCACCAUCCCCACCCUCCUGGAUCAUGCAGAGCAAGGUCCCACUGCCGUGGCAGCAGCAGCCAUCAGCGCCCUGCGGCAAUUCCCUGCACAGCAUAUCUCCAGCCAGGUGAAAAGAGCAAUGAGGAGGAUCUUCCAUGAGAAGAAGAAGAGCUACGAGAAAACGUGCCGCUUGGCUGCUGCGGAAAUCCUCUUGGAUAACACACCGUUGCCCAUGGAUGUCAUCAACAUCCUGCUGGCUGCUCACCAGCUGGGAACAGAAGCAGCAACGUUCCUGCUGCUGAAGGUGCAGAGCAGUCUGCAUGCCGACCACCACCCAGCCAGGAAGAUAAUGAACGACAUCAUGAGAGACCCUCGGAUAAACAACUACAACCACUUUUCAAUAGCUGGCAUCUCCUCUUCCUUCUCAGGACCUCUGACAGCCACCAAGGAACUGCUCUCCACCUUUGGGCUGGACCUGCUCUUUUUGGAGGGUGGGUUCCUGAGAAAGAGCGUCUCCGACUUCUCGCUGCUCAGCCAUGACUGGCGUCUUCGUGCAGCUCAGGUCACUAUAGAAGCACAAGGGAUGGAGUCUAUGUUGGGAGAAAACACCUUGGAAGGGGAAGAGGGGCCAGAGCUCAUGGCUGGGAUGUCUGCCAUCUUCUUCGAUGUCCAGUUGCGACCGAUCGUCUUCUUCCAGGGAUAUACAGAUUUAAUGGCCAAGGUUCUGCUAAGCAGUGGGGAACCCACGAGUGUGGUGAAAGGGAACCUUCUGCUGAUGGACCAUCACCAGGUCAUCCCUCUGCAGUCUGGUCUCCAGGCAGUGGUCAAACUCCAGGGUGGACUCGGGCUUGAUAUCUCAGCCAACGUGGAUGUGAACAUCUGGGAGCAGGAACUGAAGACCAGCGUCAACAGCAGGGGAAGCCUCACCAUUGAUUUCCAGGCAGAACUGGAUUCCCCUUUCCUCCAAACCACCCUGAGGAGCCAGACAGAGGCAGAGAGCCUAAUCCACUUUGACACCAUCCUGAGGUUUUCCAGCAGCCCCGUGCUCAUGUGCCUGCAGCUGAGGGAGGAGCAGAUGCCUUACAGAGAGAUCUUCACCAUCUCCACAUCUGCUGGGAAUCAGAGCAGCACUAUCCGAAAAGGCCGGCAGGGCACCAUGCCUGCCCGGGAGUUUGCCCUGCACCAGGCCAACUCCAAGAUGUGCCACCUGCUGCUCACAGCAGAGGAGGGAGCAUAGGAGACAAGAGCAUUUGGGACCGGGCUACUGCACCCCUUCCUGCCAUGCACCCUGGUCCUUCAUGAGCUGGCAAAGGCUCUGCCCAGCUCCGCCACAACCAGCUUGCAGUAAGAAAAAUGAUGAAAUGAGGGCAUCAGAAGAGGUGGAGAGGAACUGCUACAGAGCAGCAAGAGGCACCCCUUGCCUCUUGGGGCCAGGACCUUCCCAUCCUUGAAUUUCUUCAACCUGAACUCUUCUCCUCCAAGGGCAUUGCUUGAGGCCAGACCAAUCCAUGUAACAAGCCUUAUGAUACACAGCCUUCUUUUGCAAAUAAGUUUCUGACAGCCCAAGAAAGCACGCUACAGACUGAUGCAAUAUCAUGUUUUCCCUCCGUUUAUUAAGCAGUUGGAGGGGAACAACACAUCUGCAGCUGGCAAGGAGCAAGUUGCCCACAAGGGAGUGAAUAACGUCACCCCGCAUUAAUGCACAGUGUUGUGGUUGCCAGAGUCCAGGAACAUGGAAAAUAAAUGUAUUUCUGGAGGAGGUGUGAGUUGGUUUUCUUUCACUUGUUUGUUUUUUAAUUUUUUAAAAUGCAGCCACAUAGGCAUUUAUUCCAGAAUAAUCCUCAGGGAGAUAUAGCACAGCAAGACAAAACGCUGCAUAACCUGUUGCCAAUUAUUGUAUGUUCUUUCCGGUGUAAGAGAAUGCGUUUGCAUUUAUUUGCAUAUGAAGGCAAACCAGCUCCCUCACAGCUCAGAUCUGUCCUGUUGUUCCUGCUGGAUAUCUGAACUCUGUUGCCAGGGAUAUGGCCAGUGUCACAGCAGGCAGCAGGGAUGAGGCCAGGAGGGGGAUAGCUGGGAUAUCGGUGAGGUCAGAUUUGUGCUCAGUGCAUGAAAAUAAAGAAGGAAGGCAGAGGAACAUGUUCCAUAGAACUCAGGGAAAGCUGGACAAAAACAUCAAGAAACUUAAAACAGAGGGACUCUACCCAACAACAAACACCCACUAAAGCAUAGACUGGCAGUCUCAGUCCUCAUCGCAAAGCAGGGAGAACUGUGUUGAAGACAGAGCUGAAAAAUGGGAACAAACGGGAGGUCAGAAAGCGGUGGGGUGGGGGCUGUGGAACAGGGGGUGGCUGCAGGAAAAGGGAAGAGCCAUGAGAUGUUUCAAUAUCUUUGGCACAUCCAUCGCAGCCCUACAUAUCCCCCUCAGGAUGCUGAUCUUCACCAACAGUUUCUGCACUCACACAAGAUUUUAGCAUAGAAGAGAGAAGAGUUAGAAAGGCAUUUUGAGAUUGGCAGGGCUCCCAGCAUGGGGCAAAGAUGUGGGAGGAAAAAAUUGACUCUAGCAUAUGUAGCAUGCAGAACUGGUCUCCAGUCAGCAACACUCAGCUGGGGAACCAUGUGGUUCAAGCUGUGGGUGCGGGCUGCCAAGGUGUUUGGGAAAUCCUCCAUCCUGAAGGUAUUUGCAAUGAUUAUUGGUGUUCAGCCCAUCUCACGGGGCAAAUGCCCUCUGUGCCACCCAGCAUCUGCAAGAGAUCAAGAGGCUGAAGUGGUCCUGUCCGAAUUUGAGGGUCUUCCCAGAAAGCCUGGCCAAGUACUACAAGCCAUUGGCACUGGAUGAUCACCCCUCAGUGCAGACAUUAUUCAACCAAAAGCGGAAAAACCAAACACUGGGGUCACACCUCCAUCUCUUCCCUUUCCUCCUUCUAGUGGAAACCAGCCAAUACCAGUAGAUCGGCACUAUGCUUGCACAUGAGGGGUCAAAACCCAUCUAUUGAGUGACGGCUUCUGCCUGGAGCCUCGUCUUCUUUUUGAUCCAAAGUUUACAUAUUAACAGAGAAGCCUCUGGCCUCUCUUAUCAUCAGAACAGCAGUUCUCCUUCUCUGCUCCUCAGGGCAGCAGAUGGAGAUAGGAUCGCCUCAACCCCACGUGCUGAAGGCAGUGUUCCAGCAACAAAGAGAUACAGCAGCUUCCCUUUUCUCUUGAUAUUUGGGAUCUUCUGGUAACAAUUUAUGAAAAUUACAAUUAGUUUCAAGUAAAUACUGUUCUUCUGUUUUGCAUUCUCCUCCCGAGUUGGAUCGUUA